AUGUCGUGCUCAAUCGAAGACAUCGUCAACCCCAUCGACGACGAUCCUUCAAAAUGCCAACGCAUCGCAUCCCGCAAGGUCCCCAUCCCCCUCACAAUCGAGCCUCCAAACCCCGCGUGGCCGGAACACUUCGAACUCCUCCGCUCCCGCAUCUCCGACGCCCUCGGCCCCACGGCCGUGAGCAUCUCCCACGUCGGCUCGACCUCCGUCCCGAAUCUCCCCGCCAAGAACGUCAUCGACAUCGAUCUCGCGGUCGCCAACCCGACGGCCGAGGACGAGUACGUGCCGGCGCUGGAGGCGCUCGGUUUCCAGUUCCUCCUGCGCGAGCCCGAGUGGCACGAGCACCGCUUCUUCGUCUUGAGCGAGCCGUACUUUGUCAACCUGCACGUGUUCAAGGUCGGCACGGCGGAGAUGGCGAGGCAUCUGAUCAUGAAGGAGUGGCUCACGGCGCAUGAGGAUGAUCGGGAGCUGUAUGCGCGGGCAAAGAUCGAGGCGGCCGGGGCGAGUAAGGGUUUGGGCGAGACGAUCAUGCAGUACACCCAGCGGAAGGAUAAUGUCAUUCAAGAGAUUCUGGAAAGGGCAUUCCGGGCUAAGGGGUACCUUCCGGAGAAGUGA